AUGGCAAAUGAAGCAUUUUCAUGUGUGCCAAAAUCAUUACUGAUAUUAAAUCAAGCAUCAUUCAAAGAUAGUAAAAAAUAUUUGGAUCUAUGUAAAGAUAAAGCAUUGAAACAUAAAGAACAAAAUAAAUUUGACAAAAAAGAUAUUAAUAGUCAAUUUCAAAGCUAUUUUCAUCCAUGUCGUGAUCCUUAUCCGGAAGAACUAUCCGAUAUGGCAUUACGUGCAAAAGCUGGUUUUUCAAAUUGUCAUCAAUUUAAUGUUGUUCAUCCCACAAUCGAUUUAACUGAUUUACAUCCAGAAGAAGGUUGUUAUCAUCUAAUAACGACCGAUGUUUGGAAAACAUAUUUCAAAAAAGAUGUUGUGAGAACUGAUCGUUCGAAUCCAUACUAUAAAGGAGAUAAAAAUCCAAAUUUACAAGUGAUGAAAGAUAUUCUGAUGAAUUACGCUUUCUAUUGUCCAACAAUAGGUUAUAGUCAAGGUAUGUCAGAUUUAUUGGCAACCGUAUUAGCUGUUAUACAAAAUGAAUCGGAUACUUCUGGUGUUUUGUUGGAUUAA